AUGUUCGUCUCACAACCCAAUCCGCCAUUCCAUUCCGCUCCCUCCUCCAAACAACAGAGACACGGACACAGAUCUCUGUCUCCACUCUCGACAGAGAAAGGAGGAGCAGCAGCAGCAGCAAUGGCGUCGCCGAUCCCCUUCCAUAUCCUCUGCUUCGCCGUCCUCCUCCUGGCGGCGACGGCGGCGUCGGCGCGCCGCCACGCGCCGCCGCAGGCGGGCGCGGCGGGGCAGAGCACCUACAUGGCGCCCAGCUGCCGGGCGCACACGGCGUCGCUGCUGGACUUCGGGGGCGUGGGCGACGGCAACACCUCCAACACGGCGGCGUUCCGCAAGGCGGUGGAGCACCUGUCGCAGUACUCGGGCGAGGGCGGCGGCGGCGGCAUGCUCUACGUGCCCGCCGGCCGCUGGCUCACCGCGCCCUUCAACCUCACCAGCCACUUCACGCUCUUCCUCCACGCCGACGCCGUCAUCCUCGGGACGCAGGACGUGACCCAGUGGCCGGUCAUCGACCCGCUGCCCUCCUACGGCCGCGGCCGGGACCACGCCGGCGGCCGGUACGCGAGCCUCGUGUCCGGGUCCAACCUCACCGACGUCGUCAUCACGGGCAACAACGGCACCAUCGACGGCCAGGGCGCCACGUGGUGGUCCAAGUACAAGUCCGGCAAGCUCAAGUACACGCGCGGCUACCUCAUCGAGCUCAUGCACACCGACGGCGUCUUCAUCUCCAACGUCACGCUCGUGAACUCGCCGGCGUGGAACAUCCACCCGAUCUACAGCCGCAACAUCGUUGUGUCCGGGGUGACCAUCCUGGCGCCCACCAAGUCGCCCAACACGGACGGCAUCAACCCGGACUCGUGCUCCCAGGUCCGCAUCGAGGACUGCUACGUCGUCUCCGGCGACGACUGCGUGGCCAUCAAGAGCGGCUGGGACGAGUACGGCAUCGCCGUCGGCAUGCCCAGCGAGCACAUCGUCGUGCGCCGCCUCACCUGCGUGUCGCCCACCAGCGCGGUGAUCGCGCUCGGCAGCGAGAUGUCGGGGGGCAUCCGGGACGUGCGCGCCGAGGACAUCACGGCGAUCGGGACCGAGUCCGCGGUGCGGAUCAAGACGGCCGUGGGCCGUGGCGCGUACGUGCGCGACGUGUACGCGCGCCGGAUGCGGCUCGACGGCAUGAAGCGCGUCUUCUGGAUGACCGGCGACUACAAGUCUCACCCCGACGACGGCUACGACAAGACCGCCGUGCCCCUCGUGGAGAAUAUCAGCUACCAGGACGUGGUGGCCACCGGCGUCUGGAAGGAGGCCGCUAGGAUGCAGGGCAUCCAGGGCGCGCCCUUCAAGGGCAUCUGUAUGGCCAACGUCACCGCCGAGAUGACCAAGGAGAGGAAGGUGUCGUGGAACUGCGCCGACGUCGAGGGCGUCUCGGCCGGCGUCACCCCGGCGCCAUGCGCGCCUCUGCAGGGCACCCACGCCGGCUCCUGCCCGUUCCCCACCGACACGCUCGCCGUCGACAAGAUCACCGUGCAGCAGUGCUCCUACUCCAUCGCUUCCCCUGCUGCUUCUUCAGUGGCUGGGACAGAGUAG